CCUUACGCAGCAGUUGGUGUCCAAACCGGCAGGAAGAGGACAUAGGAUAAGGAAAUCAGCACGCUCAGAAGCUUUUCUACCAACAUGUCUUCUUCAUCUGUUUCAGCGGCAGCCCAGCCCGGCGUCACUCCGACAAACGGCUCCGCGCCUGCGUUCGGCGAGAUGACCUCGAAAGACUACUAUGCGGACUCGUACAGUCACUUUGGAAUUCACGAGGAAAUGCUCAAGGACCAAGUCCGGACGCUCUCUUACCGCGACGCGAUCAUCCAAAACCCGCACCUCUUCAAGGACAAGAUCGUGCUCGACGUAGGGUGUGGCACUGGAAUCUUGUGCAUGUUUGCGGCCAAGGCAGGUGCAAAGAAGGUCAUUGGUGUGGACAUGAGCAACAUCAUCGAUCAAGCGAAAGUGAUCAUUGAGGCGAAUGGAUUCAAGGAUGUCAUUCACCUCGUCAAGGGAAAGCUUGAAGAGGUCGACCUCGGACUCGGACCAGAUGGGAAAGUGGACAUUAUCAUUUCCGAGUGGAUGGGCUACUUUCUCCUCUACGAGUCCAUGCUCGACACUGUUUUGCUUGCGCGCGACAAGUACCUUCGUCCUGGCGGCCACCUCUUCCCCGAUGAGGCGACACUGUACCUCUCCGCCAUCGAAGACCAAGAAUACAAGGAGGAGAAGAUUGGCUUCUGGAAUGACGUAUAUGGCUUCGACUAUUCCUGCAUCAAGGAGAUUGCACUUCGCGAGCCGCUCGUGGAUACUGUUGAGCUGCGCUCGGUCGUAUGUGAUCCAUGCGCUAUCAAGAAGCUCAACCUGCUUACAUGCAAGAAGGAGGAUCUGGACUUUACCGGCGAGUUUGAACUCAAGGCAACUCGCAACGAUUUUGUGCACGCCUUCCUCGGCUGGUUCGACAUCUCCUUUGAAGCGUGUCACAAGGCUGUACGCUUCUCCACCGGUCCGCACUCGCGCUACACGCACUGGAAGCAGACUGUCUUUUACACGCCAGAGCAGCUCAUCGUCAGCGAGGGCGAUGUGAUCAAGGGGACACUCAAGUGCUCGCCAAACGCAAGGAACAACAGGGACCUGGACAUUAACAUUAAGUACCGUGUUGAAGGUGACAUGAGCAUCGAGGGUGAGAUGGCGUACAAGAUGUCCUGAUCACUCCAUCUUGUUGUGCCGUUCCCUUGUAACUUGCCUUGCGUCUGUUCUUGCGCACAUGCUCCUGUUCAAUCGCCUGCCCCGCUCUCGCUUUGCAGGUACUGAUGCCUCGUCGGCAUUUCGGGGACAUCAGGAGCUUGUCUCUAUCAUUUCGACACACCAAAAUUGGACGCCUGGCCCCGCUUGUGAUAGAGAUUGCACUCGUAGCAGCAAUGUAUACUACGUAGCCACGC